AUGGCGGCUGCAUAUUUAAUAAUAAACGAACGGAGACUGUUACGGAGAGAGAGGUUGUUUAGGGAUAGAAACAAUCCUUUGGACUAUAUGGAUGACCGUGAGAUAAUUUCAAAGUUUAGACUGCCUCGUCAUUUGAUAUUGGACAUCUGUCAAAUGAUACAAAAUGACAUCACAAGGCCUACACGAAGGUCUCAUGCACUUCCACCAUCCCUGCAGCUUAUGGCUGCAUUACGUUUCUUUGCUACUGGUAACUUUCAAACAGUAACUGCCGACUUACAUGGAAUAAGCGCAAUAGACGGUACACAUGUGGGAAUAAAGUCCCCAUCAUUUGAAGAGCACGUCUUUGUGAACAGAAAAAAUUACCACUCUAUAAACACUAUGGCUGUGUGUGAUGCAAAACUGAAAUUCAUUAAUAUAGUAGCAAAGUGGCCUGGAUCAUCACAUGAUUCGUUUGUAUGGAACAAUUCCACCCUUUGUCAACUUUUUGAAAACAAGAAUAUCCCAAGAGGUUGGCUUUUAGGUGACAGUGGAUAUCCACUUAGAUCAUUUCUACUUACACCUGUUAUGAACCCAACUACACCCAAGGAGAAUGCCUAUAACACAGCACACAUAAAAACGAGAAAUGUAAUUGAAAGGUGUUUCGGAGUGUGGAAAAUGCGCUUUCGCUGCAUGGACACUUCUGGUGGUACUUUACAGUUUUCACCCAAAAGAACCUGCAACAUCAUAGUGGCGACUGCAGUUUUGCACAACAUUUGUGUUGAAAACAGAGUCCCAGAACCACAAGGCAGGCCUGUUAUUAAUGACGGUAAUGACUGUGUAUAUCGUGGAACCCUAAAUGAUGGAAAUGACAAUAGGAGACAGUUGAUUGAAGCUAGAUUUUAG